CGUGGUGAUGGUGUUGGACUCAGGAGAAGUCUUCAUGGAUCAGGUUGAGGGUAAGAGCGUCGGGAGCAGCAGGGAACCGGGCAACCGAGUCCCCAAAACCACUGCCACCAAUCCCAGACCGCCGGCCAGAAGGAGCAAUGUCGCCAAGAAGGAGAAAGAGAAAGAGAAAGUGUCCCACAACGGACUUCCUGCCCAGACCAACAGCAGCGGCCAGCUAGUAGAGAGGAGGUCAUCGUCAUUAAAAGGCGGCGCCACACCCAGACCGCCCCUCCGCCGCCCUCUCAGCCUGGAGAUGACCCCCCAGCGCCUGCGGGGGUCUCAGGAGCAGAUGGCGGACAGGCGGAUCGUGCAGCCUCCGUGGCGCAGCGGUUCGGCGGCCCCUUCGCCUCCGGCUCGCAGCCUUACCAGCCCCAGCCUGGGAGCGGGCGGCUGGAUGCGCCGCAGCGAGAGCACCUGCUCCGUCAACUACUCCCUGGGGCUCCGAGCCGGCAGGGGCCAAAUGAGACCGGCCACGUCCCUGCCGCACAUCGCUAAGGGGACGGGGAGCACGACGAUGCCCGGAUCCGCCAGGCCCUGUCUGCUGGUCGCACUGCGGCCUCUGAACUUGGAGCAGGAGAAGCAGGCGUUCUUCCAGUCGGACUACAAGUACGAGCCGCAGUUUGAGUACGCUCAGCCUGAGCCGAGGAGCGUGCUGGAGAAGUACAGAGAGGGAUCGGGACUCUUCCUCGAACAGGCGGUCGGGAUCAUGGAGUGCGUCCUGAAGAAGUUUGCCUCCUAUGAGAACUUCGAGGAUGUGACGGGCGGCAACGUGCUCCCUAAAAGUCAAGUCUGGGCUGCCGUGCGUAAAUACCUGCAGAAGGAAGGCUGCGUGGGAGAGGUCGUGGUGCGCCUGUCUGACGAGCUGCUGUCUCAGGCCGUCAUGGUGGUGGAGAGCUGUCGUCCCACUCUGACCAUCAACCUGGCCGGAGCUCGACAGCACUGGCUGGAGGGGAUGCUGAGACAUGAAAUAGUGUGCACACCUCUGCAGGAGCUCAGCAACGAUCAACCUCCACGCUCGCUGCCCUAA